AUGCAAAGAUACCAAGCCAAUAUUUCCGCAGUUAUGAGCGUAGUAAUAGAAUUAGCCCAGGCCAAUUAUAAAGGAGAAAUAAUAGCAUAUAUACCUGAUGAAUUAAUAGUAAGCGAAGCCAACGACCCUGAAUUAUUAGAAGCAAGUUAUAACGAGAAAACAGGAGAAACAAGGGAAAACAAUACUGACGGACAAGAUGAAUAUACCUAG